AUGCUGCUUUGUCUUGAAAUAAUAAUUAAACUACUUAAACAUUUUGUUCUAGUGUCAACCAAUACAAAAUCUGCUUCUAAACUAUCCAGAAAAGCAGAGCUUUUUUUUCUCAAGCUCAAUUUAUUUCCAUCUGUUCCACCAACUACCGAUGAACAUAAACUUCGAAAUCAACGUAUUUCAACAAGAUUAUUUAUCUUCUUCUUAUUUAUAUCAUUAUCUAUCCUUUUCUUAUAUAAUUCAUUGAUAAAUAUUACAGAAACAAUUAAUGUUAAAGCACCUUCUAUCAAAGAAUAUUCGCAGCUCUAUAACUCAUAUAGUCAAACAUUAACAUGUGAAUGUACACAGAUAUCAAUUAACUAUGAAGAAUUUAUUCAAAUUCAAUAUAAACUACAUCAGGUGUGUCGUAGUGACUUUGUUACUCAAGAAUGGAUCGAUUAUGUUGCUAACUCGUAUGGAAACGAUGGAACAUUUUAUGAUACCUUUCGAACGACGGGCACAUUUGUAUUUCAAGCCUUAUCUACACUUUGUGUCCUAGUUGAUCAAACAAUAUCGAAUAGCUUAACUCAGUUCUAUUCGAGUCAAUAUGUAAGUGAAUUUGUAACACCUGAAAAUGUAUUUCAACUACAAACUGAUGCAUUUAUAUCUCAAUUCAUAUUAUCAACAACAAAUCAAUUUUUGUUAUCACUCUCCAUGAUACGAAAAACAACACAAAGCAACGCUUUGCUCUCUGGACAACUCACUAAUUACAGAUUCUAUUAUAAUCUCGAUUCUAGUUUAACUACAGAAUCUGUCCGGUACGAUGAUUGUACGUGCACUUCUUCAGCUACCUGCAUUGAACAAUAUACAGUUAUUAAUUAUCCUAACUUCACGCAAGUAUUUCCUUUACCAGGCCUUUAUAUAGGAUGUUAUAUAAUUGAAUCAUUACUUCAGUCUAAUCUUAAAUGUUUUUACGAUCAAGUCUGCAUAGAUACCGUACAGCUAUACUUAGGAUCGUCUACAUUUAUAAAUGUGACAGCUCUUGAUAUAUCAUUGUCGAUCCAGUAUUUGGAAAACUCAACAAUUGCAGAUAUUCUUGAUGAAUUGAUGGUUGAAGAAUGGAAUUCAUCAAGUAUUUAUGAUAAUUAUUACAGUGAAUGUCAACCAUCAGGCUGUAGUUAUACUGUUACGACGAAGAAUAAUGCAAUAUACAUUAUUACAACUCUGAUUGGAUUAGUUGGUGGUCUGAUUACAGUAUUGAAACUUACGGUGCCUAUGUUAGUCAAAUUCGCAAGGAAAUGCAUGCACAAAGAAGUAAAAACAGAAGCCGAUUAUAAACAACUCUAUAACUCAUAUAGUCAAACAUUAACAUGUGAAUGUACAAAAAUAUCAAUCAAUUAUGAAAAAUUUAUUCAAAUUCAAUACAUAUUACAUGAGGUGUGCCAUAGUGACUUUGUUACACAACAAUGGAUCGAUUAUCUCGCCACCUCAUAUGGAGACAAUACACCAAAUUACGCCGACUUUCGGGUGACAGGCACCUCUACAUUUCAAGCUGUAAGCGCAUUCUGUACACUAGUGAAUCAAACAAUAUCGAAUAGUUUAAUUCAGUUCUAUUCAAGUCAAUAUGUAAGUGCAUCUGUAACACCCUCAAAUCUAUUUCAACUACAAACUGAAGCAUUUAUAUCUCAAUUCAUAUCAUCAACAACAAAUCAAUUUUUGUUAUCACUCUCCAUGAUACGAAAAACAACUCAGAGCAAUGCUUUACUUACUGGACAACUGAGUAAUUUCGGAUUUAGUAUGGACGAGGUGCAAUUACUUUUAGCUUACUAUCCACGAUCCUACGGCAAUUGUACGUGUUCUUCUUCGGCUGCAUGCGUCACUCAAUCUGGAAUUUAUGAAUUAUUAAACGACACAUCCUUAUUUUCUUUAUCAGGUUUUUAUACAGGAUGUUAUAUAAUUGAAUCAUUACUUCAGUCUAAUCUUAAAUGUUUUUAUAAUCAAACCUGCAUCAAUAAACUACAAUCUUAUUUUCAAACAUCUUCAUUUAUGAAUGUGACAGCUCUUAAUAUAUCAUUAUCGGCUCAGUUUUUUGAAAACUCAACAAUUGCAGAUGUUCUUGAUCAAUUGAUGGUUGAAGAAUGGAUUAAUUCAAGCAUAUAUGAUAAUUAUUACAGUGAAUGUCAACCAUCAGGCUGUAGUUAUACUGUUACGACGAAGAAUAAUGCAAUAUACAUUAUUACAACUCUGAUUGGAUUAGUUGGUGGUUUGAUUACAGUUUUGAAAUUUGUAGUACCAAAUUUAGUCAAUCAAGCAUUAACAUGUGAAUGCACACAAAUAUCAAUCAAUUAUGAAAAAUUUAUUCAUAUUCAAUACACAUUACAUCAAAUAUGUCAUAGUGAUUUUGUUACACAACAAUGGAUCGAUUAUCUUGACUACUCGUCUGAAAACUAUAGUGUAUAUAAGAAUGAUUUUCGAUCUUCAGGUGCUUCUGCAUUCCAAACUUUAGACACAUUUUGUAUACUAGUGAAUCAAACAAUAUCGAAUAGUUUAAUUCAAUUCUAUUCCAAGCAAUAUGUAAGUGCAUCUGUGACACCUGAAAAUGUAUUUCAACUACAAACGGAAGCAUUUAUAUCUCAAUUCAUAUUAUCAACAACAAAUCAAUUUUUGUUAUCACUCGCUAUGAUGCGAAACAUUACUCAAAGUAACACCUUAUUCAGUGGCAGACUAACCAAUUAUGUCGUUGGUGACCAGGGCAGUAAUCUAAUUCGAGGUCCGCGGUCGUACGGUAAUUGUACGUGUCCUUCCUCAGCUACAUGCAUUAUUCAAUCUGCAAUUUAUCAGUUAUCGAGCGACACGCUAUUAUUUUCUGUUCCGGGUGUUUAUACAGGAUGUUAUAUAAUUGAAUCAUUACUUCAGUCUAAUCUUAAAUGUUUUUAUAAUCAAACCUGCAUCAAUAAACUACAAUCAUAUUUUCAAGCACCUUCAUUUAUGAAUGUGACAGCUCUUAAUAUAUCAUUAUCGGCUCAGUUUUUUGAAAACUCAACAAUUGCAGAUGUUCUUGAUCAAUUGAUGGUUGAGGAAUGGAUUAAUUCAAGUAUUUAUGAUAAUUAUUACAGUGAAUGUCAACUAUCAGGCUGUAGUUAUACUGUUACGACGAAGAAUAAUGCAAUAUACAUUAUUACAACUCUGAUUGGAUUAGUUGGUGGUUUGAUUACAGUAAUGAAACUGAUAAUGCCAUAUUUGGUUAACUUUAUUAUGUUUUAUAUUAAAAAAUGCAAAGGUGGACGUGCUACAAUAAUGCCAAUGAUCCAAACAUAA